AAGUCCCAAACGAAACACCAACCGUAUCCUGACUAAAACCAUCUUUAUUCGCAAAGCCAAAUUUUAACACCCACACUUGCUAAUUCAAAAUGUCCACACUUUACAACAUUUCUGCGCCGAGGAGAAUCACUGCCUCUAACUUGCCCUUACCAGCUUCAGCUGCAUCUGAUGCUCAAGCUGAACCAGGAGUUGAAGUGAGAGUUGACACGCUUGAAACAGAAGUAUUCCCGGGAGGGAUUUACCACAGAAGUCUUGUUGCGACCACCAAGCAAGUCCCAACAAGUAACGAGGGCUUCGGCGAUAUUCCUCUCGAUGAGAUCCCUGGUGCAGGCAUUGUUCUCCCGGGAGGCAUCAAUAUGUACUAUCUUGAUAUUGCCCCGAACUCGGAAGGCCCAGUGCACCGUACGACAUCUACCGAUUAUUUAGUAGUUUUGCAGGGCCAUCUUAGUCUGAUCACACCCGGCUCUGCACCAUACUCUCGCGAGGAUGGGAAAACUACCCCUGGUGAGCCUGUUGAGACUAUCUGCGGCCCAGGCGAAACUGUAUUGCAACGAGGAAUGAUGCAUGCUCUGUCAAAUCGAACUGAUAGCUGGGUCAGAGUUUUCUGCGUGAUUGUAUCGUCAGAAGCGAAUCGUGUCCCUAUCGAAGGAGACAAGACGGAGUAUAAGUCGCUGGAGGAUGCAUGGCUCCAGUAGAUGCGUAACUCAACUCCGCGCUUAACACGCGUUCAUACAUGCCACUAGCCGACAUGCAACUUCUGACUUAACAGACAAGCGUGAAGAUUUGUCCUUUGGUCCGAUUGCUUCUUGUGUUGCAGUAAGGGCGACAAAGACAAGGGCCAAAGCUAAAAGAUAUCGCAAGGUUCCUGAUUUGUUAUGGCAGUCAAUCGAUUCGACGAAGCCGGAUUGCGGCCAUGAAUGCACUAGAAUAAUAAAUAUUAUCCUUCAUGUCGUAGUCAUGGCAGACCCGUUCUAGUCU